CCCCGGCCCCCGGCCCGACCCUCGCCGCCGCGCGCCCGCGGGCUCUGUCCCGUGGCGUCUCCGGAGCGCCCCUGCGUGCUGGCGGGCGGCAGACCCUCCCACGUCGGGGCUUCUCCGGGGACCCCCCCCUCGGGCCGCUCCGCACCCUGGCAGGCUGCCGGGCCGGGACUGCGCACCUGCGCCCUGGGGCGGAGUCCUUACCCCGACCCAGCUGCCCUGCACACGGCCGGCGCGGACGGGCCUCCUCCCCUCUCCACCUCGGACACCUGGCGGAGCCCGCCGCCCGGAGCCCGCGCAGAGAGCAUCCUCCGGCUUCCAUCUGUUCCUUCGGGAGGGUGGGGGCUCAGGCUGGAGCCAGAGUGGUAGAUGGGCACAGACUCCCCCUCCCCCCGGCCCCUCAGGCCGGGGGUGACCUUGCCCCCUGGAGCCCUCACCAUGAAUACCAAGGACACCACCGAGGUUGCUGAGAACAACCACCACCUGAAGAUCUUUCUCCCCAAGAAGCUGCUGGAGUGUCUUCCUCGCUGUCCGUUGCUGCCUCCGGAGCGGCUUCGUUGGAACACAAAUGAGGAGAUCGCAUCCUACUUGAUCACCUUUGAGAAGCAUGACGAGUGGCUGUCCUGUGCCCCAAAGACAAGGCCUCAGAACGGCUCCAUCAUCCUCUACAACCGCAAGAAAGUGAAAUACCGGAAGGACGGUUACCUGUGGAAGAAACGGAAGGAUGGCAAGACCACGCGAGAGGACCACAUGAAGCUGAAGGUCCAGGGCAUGGAGCCUGUCUCCUGGCAGUGUCUCUAUGGCUGCUACGUUCACUCUUCCAUCGUCCCCACAUUCCAUCGGCGCUGCUACUGGCUGCUCCAGAACCCUGACAUCGUGCUUGUGCACUAUCUGAACGUCCCCGCCCUGGAGGAUUGCGGGAAGGGCUGCAGCCCCAUCUUCUGUUCCAUCAGCAGCGACCGUCGCGAGUGGCUGAAGUGGUCCCGGGAGGAGCUGCUGGGGCAGCUGAAGCCCAUGUUUCAUGGCAUCAGGUGGAGCUGUGGCAACGGGACAGAGGGCUUCUCUGUGGAGCAGCUGGUGCAGCAGAUCCUGGACACCCACCCGACCAAGCCCGCGCCGCGGACACACGCCUGCCUCUGCAGUGGGGGCCUCGGUUCUGGGAGCCUCACCCACAAAUGCAGCAGCACGAAACACCGCAUCAUCUCUCCCAAAGUGGAGCCCCGAGCUUUAACCCUGACCUCUGUCCCCCACCCCCACACCCCUGAGCCCCCUCCGCUCAUAGCCCCUCUUCCCCCGGAGCUCCCCAAGGCACAUACUUCCCCGUCCUCUUCUUCCUCCUCGUCCUCCUCGUCCUCCGGCUUUGCAGAGCCCCUAGAGAUCAGACCGAGCCCUCCCACCGCUCGAGGGGGUCCAUCCAGAGGAGGCACCGCAAUCCUCCUCCUGGCGGGACUGGAGCAGCGUACCGGGGGCUUGACGCCCACCAGGCACCUGGCCCCCCAGGCUGAUCCUCCGCCUUCCGUGAGCUUGGCUGUGGUGGUAGGCUCUGAGGCCUCUGCCCCGCCGGCUCCUCCCAGCCCUGCCUUUGACCCGGAUCGUUUUCUCAACAGCCCCCAGAGGGGCCAGACAUACGGAGGGGGGCAAGGGGUAAGCCCAGACUUCCCCGAGGCAGAGGCCGCCCACAUCCCCUGCCCUGCCCUGGAGCCCGCCGCUGCGCUGGAGCCCCAAGCCGCUGCUCGGGGUCCUCCUCCUCCGCCAGGAGCAGGUGGGAAAAGAGGAAACCGCUUCUUCAUCCAAGACGAUGGCAGUGGGGAGGAGCUCAAGGCCCAGAGGGCCGCCCCGCCCGCACCUUCGCCCCCUCCUUCGCCCCCACCCUCCCCUGCGCCCCUGGAGCCGGCCGGCAGGGGAGGCAGAGGGGAGGCCUUGUUUGGAGGAGCUGCUGGGGCCAGCGAACUAGAGCCCUUCAGUCUUGCAUCAUUCCCAGACCUCAUGGGAGAGCUCAUCAGCGACGAAGCUCCAGGCGCCCCUGCCCCAACCGCCCAGCUCUCUCCUGCUCUUAGCACCAUCACAGACUUCUCCCCAGAGUGGUCCUACCCGGAGGGUGGGGUCAAGGUGCUCAUCACAGGUCCCUGGACAGAGGCCGCCGAGCAUUACUCCUGUGUCUUUGAUCACAUCGCUGUGCCAGCCUCGCUUGUCCAGCCUGGGGUCUUACGCUGCUACUGUCCUGCCCAUGAAGUGGGGCUGGUGUCUUUGCAGGUGGCGGGGCGGGAGGGGCCCCUUUCUGCCUCUGUGCUCUUUGAGUAUCGAGCCCGCCGUUUCCUGUCACUGCCUAGUACUCAGCUCGACUGGUUGUCACUGGACGACAACCAGUUCCGAAUGUCCAUUCUGGAGCGGCUGGAGCAGAUGGAGAAGCGGAUGGCGGACAUGGCAGCCGCCGGGCAGGCUACCUGCCGCAGUCCGGACGUGCCUCCAAUCCAGGACGAAGGCCAGGGGCCCGGCUUUGAGGCACGGGUGGUGGUCUUGGUAGAGAGCAUGAUCCCACGCUCCACCUGGAGGGGUCCUGAACACCUGGCGCAUGGAAGCCCCUUCCGGGGCAUGAGCCUUCUGCACCUGGCCGCCGCCCAGGGCUACGCGCGCCUCAUCGAGACCCUGAGCCAGUGGCGGAGCGUGGGCACUGGGAGCUUGGACUUAGAGCAAGAGGCGGACCCGCUCAACGUGGACCAUUUCUCUUGCACCCCUCUGAUGUGGGCCUGUGCCCUGGGCCACCUGGAAGCCGCCGUGCUCCUCUUCCGCUGGAACAGACAGGCGCUGAGCAUUCCCGACUCUCUGGGCCGGCUGCCCCUGUCUGUGGCACACUCCCGGGGUCACGUGCGCCUUGCCCGCUGCCUCGAGGAACUGCAGAGACAGGAGGCUUCAGCCGAGCCCCCACUCGCCCUGUCGCCACCCUCCUCCAGCCCCGACACUGGGCUGAGCAGUGUGUCCUCACCCUCGGAGCUGUCGGACGGCACUUUCUCUGUCACGUCGGCCUACUCCAGUGCCCCGGACGGCAGCCCUCCACCUGCGCCUCUGCCAGCCUCUGAGAUGGCCGUGGAGGAGAUCGUCCCAGGCCUGCUCUCCGCAGGUGCCCCUGAGGCCCCCCUAUUCCUCAUGGACUGUGAAGCCACCAACCCCCAUGGGCCAGCCCCCUCACCGCCUCCUCUCCCACCAGCCCCAGAAGGUGGGGCUGCCGUGGAGGAAGCGGACAGCCCACCGGCUGUGGAUGUGAUCCCGGUGGACAUGAUCUCACUGGCCAAGCAAAUCAUCGAAGCCACACCAGAGCGGAUUAAACGAGAGGACUUUGUGGGCCUGCCGGAGGCCGGAGCACCCAUGAGGGAGCGGACGGGGGCCCUGGGGCUCAGCGAGACCAUGUCCUGGCUGGCCAGCUACCUGGAUAACGUGGACCAUUUCCCCACCUCAGCCCCUCCCAGCGAACUGCCCUUUGAGCGUGGGCGCCUGGCUGUCCCUCCAGCACCGUCCUGGGCAGAGUUUCUGUCUGCCUCUGCCAGCGGCAAGAUGGAGAGUGACUUCGCCCUGCUGACGCUGUCGGAUCAUGAGCAGCGGGAACUGUACGAGGCAGCUCGCGUCAUCCAGACGGCCUUCCGAAAGUACAAGGGCCGGAGGCUGAAGGAGCAGCAGGAGGUGGCCGCGGCUGUGAUCCAGCGCUGCUACCGCAAGUACAAGCAGCUGACCUGGAUUGCGCUUAAGUUUGCGCUCUAUAAGAAGAUGACCCAGGCGGCCAUCCUGAUCCAGAGCAAGUUCCGAAGCUACUAUGAGCAGAAGCGGUUUCAGCAGAGCCGCCGGGCGGCUGUGCUCAUCCAGCAGCACUACCGCUCCUACCGCCGCCGGCCCGGGCCUCCCCACCGGCCCACGGGCAGCCUGCCCACCCGCAGCAAAGGCUCCUUUCUCACCAAGAAGCAGGACCAGGCAGCCCGGAAGAUCAUGAGAUUCCUGCGGCGCUGCCGACACAGGAUGAGGGAACUGAAGCAGAACCAGGAGCUGGAAGGGCUCCCCCAGCCCGGACUGGCCACCUGACCUGCGCCCCGCCUUCCUCACCGCCGUGGGGGACGCUUCUGGCAGUCUUAACAGGGAGAGGGCUCUCCGGGGGAGGG